UGUCCUUGACAGACGCGUGUAGAUGUGUGUGCGUGUGUACGUGUGUAUGCAUAUGGUCAGAUAGAGUUGCUUCCUGGAAUAUGAGUACUUUACGUACUGUAUAUAAGAGAGAGAGAGAGAGAGAGAGAGAGAAUACCUUUUUAAUGAAUCGAUAAACUUUCAUGUGUAUGUAAUACUGAGAAAACAGCCGAAAAAGGGCGAGAGAGAGCGAGAAAGAGAAAGAAGGUUGGCCGAGACAUGACAGGUGUUCUUGUUUUUCUUGUUUCUGCAUUUCUCUUUGAGGCGUAAACAGAAGAUGUGAGACUGACACAUGUCUGCUUCUACAAUGAAUCCCCCAGCGGUUGUUCCCAGGAAACAUUCUUUACUUAGGCCUUUACCUCAAGACGGUCAGCCCAUUUAUACACGAGUGAAGGAGAAGGAAAGAGUUCGACAUCCAGAACAUGAAGUGGAGCUGUUAAACCACUGCAUUUCUGACGUAGAGCGCUUCAUGGCCCACCUGCAGCAGGCAGCUGAUGCUCAACGCACUUUACAGGACAUGAAAAAGAAAAAGAACAGCAAGAAGAAGAAGCAGGGUUAUGAUGUCAUGACAACAGAAGUAAUCCCUCCAUCUGAACAAGAAUUUGUGGACAUUUUCCAGAAGAUUAAAUACUCAUUCAGUUUGCUGGACUGUUUAAAAACAGACAUAGCAGAUCCAACCUCAAAGGAGCUUCUGCAUCACCUGUUUGUUCCUCUGGCUCUGAUGGUCAAAACUACAGGCGGUCCUGACUUGGCAGCCGGCGUGUCCAGUCCUGCACUGACCAAUGGAGCCAUUUCUCUACUGCAGCAAAAUCUCAUGCAGGAUGAAAGAGAGUUGUGGAGCUCUCUGGGCCCCAACUGGACUCAGGCAAAAUCGCAGCAUGCUAAAUCAGCAUACCCGUAUGCACCAGUGUUUCUGGACGGUUGGAAGCCUGAUGCCUUUGAUGCAAACGGUCAGGCUUUUGAAGAUCCUGUUGAAUCACAGAACAAAAAGGAAGCCCUGCUGCAACGUCAACAGUCAGAAUUUAGCCCGCCCUCAUCACCUCUCCAGCUCACAGAUGAAAGUGUGGAAAUUCCACUUCCUGACCAGCUGUACCGCUGCAGUUAUGACUUUGUGGCUCGGAACAGCAGUGAGCUUUCAGUGCUGCAUGGAGAAACUCUUCAGGUGUUGGAUUCAUCUAAGCGGUGGUGGAAGUGUAGGAACAAUUAUGACCAGAUCGGCUUUGUUCCGUCUAAUAUCCUGGAGCCUGUCAAAGAGACAGACCAAGACUACGGUGUUGUAAUGCGCAAGCCGUCAAUGAAUGUUCCUUUGUCUCCAAUGGGAGUUGGACGCUUUUCAUACAUGGUACCCAAUUCUGUAGGGGGAGACCACGUCGACAAUGAGCCCCGCAGUGUCAGCAUGCCACCAAUGGGAAGUGACGGCGAGAGAGCCAUGCUCAUGAAUAUUGAGCUUGUACAGCGGCUGGCUAAUGGGAGACCAGGAUCGGUGCGGCCUCCGGUUAUUAACAAGGCCAGUGACACUACAGUACCUCUCAACUACCACUCGUCUCCGGCUGAGGUACAGGAGUGGCUCAGAGGCAAAGGAUUCAGAAAUGAGACAGUGAACAGUUUGGGGGUUCUUGAUGGAGCUCAGCUCUUCUCUCUGAAUAAAGAGGAGCUCUGCAAGGUUUCUCCUCAAGAGGGGGCCAGAGUUUACAGCCAGAUCACAGUGCAGAAAUCCCAGCUUGAGGUGGCUGAAAGAAAUACCACCGAGCUGGAGGCAGUGAUGAGAAAACAAAAGAUGAAAGUGGAUCCCAGCGUAGAGGGGGGGGAAUUUUAAUUCACUACACACACACACACACACACGCCUGGGUUUGACUUCGGCAUCAACAUGAUUCAUGUGUAUCAGUGUCAAAAUACAGAAAAGGUUUAUGAGUAAAGGUUGCAUGAAAAGAGGCUUUUAAUAUGUCUUGUUAUGUACGUGGAAACCAUUCUUAUGUGGGUGUUUGUUUUGUACAUGGAAAAUACAUCUUGUGUAAAAAACAAAGUGUAAAUAAUAAACUAUCGAGCACAUCCUGUA